GAAUUUCUCAAACUAAUCUCACCAUCAGUGGAUGAAGUUAUUGUUAAUAGUGAGGGUACCAUGGCAAUUAGAAUUUUAUGUGCAGUUAUCAAGUGAAUGUUGUGGAAAAGCUGUGCAGAAGAAACUAGAAGAAUUAGAUGGAAUACAUCAAGUAGAAAUUGAUGUUGAGAAAGAAACUGUUGUAUUGGAGACAACUCUUGCUUCAUCUCAAAUAAUUCAAGCAUUAGAGCUCUCUGGAAGACGAGCAGUUUUUAAGGGCUAUGGGACAACAUUGGGGAGCCCUUUCUUAGGAGCUGCAGUCGCUGAAAUGAAAGGAAUCAGUGGAGUUUUAGGUGUUGUUAGAUUCCUGCAAUCCAAUGAAAAUACGUGUAUCGUAGAUGGAACAAUUGAUGGACUAACUCCAGGGGACCAUGGAAUUCACAUCCAUGAAUUUGGAGAUCUGACUGGUGGAUGUGAAGGUGUUGGGGAACACUACAAUCCAACAAACUCAAGUCAUGGUGGGCCGGAUGAAAGAGAAAGGCACUAUGGAGACUUGGGAAAUGUGACAGCAGAUGAUCAUGGGAGAGCUGUGUUUAGAAAGGAAGACAGGGUUAUCAAAGUAUGGGACAUAAUUGGUCGUUCAUUAGUUGUUACUGAGAAACCAGAUGAUUUAGGACAAGGAUCCACUAAUUCCUCUAAACUUGAUGGAAACUCUGGAAAAAGGCUUUCCUGUGGAAUUAUUGCACGAUCAGCUGGACUGUUUGAAAACCCAAAAAAGAUUUGUCUCUGUGAUGGAAUUAGCGUUUGGAAUGAAAGAGAUUACCCGGUGGCUGGAGAAAGUAGAAAUCAAAAAGACAAAAUAGAAAUAUAAAUAACUUUAUCUUUUUCUGGGAUGUUCCUGGUCACAAAGCAAAGAUUUGAUCCCCCAUUGCAACUUCACAUGUAAAUUGUGAAUAAUAUAUUUUGAAAUUAAAUAGUAGAUAAUGAGAAAUAAAAAUAACCAAGUACAUUUGAAAACAUUGAGUGAUGUGCUGUAUUGCCACAUUCAUUUAUUGAGAUAAUAUUUGUCAGUCUUAUAGUUAUAGAAACAAUUUUGUUAGCUUUGGUGGAAAUAGUAUAAUUUACUAAUAUAUAAUGACACAUUAAUUUAAAUGAUAAAUAUGGGUUUUCACAACACACACUUCAUAUUUUGUUUUAUUAGCCAAAUUUUUAAGUAUUCAUUCAAUACAUUGUUUUGCCAGAUAAGUUAUUAAUUCAUUGUUAUAUAGACAGUUAGUGAAUUCUGUUUUUCUUUUAUUGCUUGUAACGGAACAUUAAUCAAGUGAAAAUAAUAUACAAAGUUGCAAUAUCUUCCCCAAAGAAAGACUUUUGUAAAUAUUACUGUCUGCUUUCUUUGAGACAUAUCUCUAGAUACUAUGAAAUGAAACUGAAUAUUUAAAACCUAAUUAUUAUGGACUGUAGUGGUAUGAGUGUAUCUUUUUCUUUUUGAAAUAAAAAAAAACAGAGUUUAUUCAAUAUGAAAAAUAUUUUCAAUAUAACUAGAAUUAAUAAAAUUUACAGCCAAUCAUGAUGUUUAAAGGAUCAAAACCUGAGCAACUUAACAUAUUUAGAUGACAAACCAAUGUAGCUAUGUGUUGCUUUAAGAAUAAAGUUGUUUUCAAAGUAUAA